UACACAUCGGAUAUUUGGUUGUGUGUUUACCUUUACCACACAAAAAGUUAAAACUGAAAAUAUUUUAUAAAAUUAACUUCGUUGUUGCGAAUAUAGCUAAUUAUGCAUACCAUAAGUGGCAAGAAUCUGAGCAGGGAAGAACUAGAGGAAGUAAACAAAUGGCUGUUAGAAAAUCGAAUCAAUACACAACGAUUGCGUCGGGAAUUUUCUGAUGUUUUACCAUUGGCCGAAAUCUUUAAACGUGACUAUCCACGUUUGGUCGAUCUCUAUAACUAUCCGAAAAAGAGUAGUGUUCAGCUGAAAUUGGCCAAUUGGGAGACAUUUAACUUUAAGGUGCUAUCCAAGUUUAAUAUGACAUUAAGCCGGGAUUUUAUGGAACAAAUGGCAAACGGUGUUAGUGGUGCUGCCGAAAUACUAUUGCAUGAAGUGAUACGAUUGGAGAAACGACAACGUGUAGCUGUUGAGCGAAAUGCGUCAUUGCGGCAGGAACAGACUUGGGAGGAAAAUGAUGAGGUUAAAACGGUUGUGGUUAACAAGCAAAUUGGCGAUGGCAUCGUUCAGGUACCACAAAAAAUGAUACUAUAUUCGCUAUACGAAAAACAGGCGCGUGAUAGUCAGGCUAAGGAUGUCAUUAUUGAUGCCUAUCAACAGCGUUUGGCUCACAUGGAGAGUAUAAUAAAAAUCAAAAGCGAACGCAUCGAUGAACUUCUAAUGCAAAUGGGAAAAUUACCUCAAAAGCGUACCACUCUCACCCCAUCCACUUGCUGUUUUGUCUUAGAUGCAAAGGACUCUAUAACACGACAAAAUCCAACAUCUGCCGAUCCGGACAGUGCCACCUAAAAUACCAAUUAAUUUGAAAAAGUUAUUUAUUGUUAUAUAAUGAAGCCAAAAUUAUCGAUUACCGCUAAAGAGAUUAAGAAGCAUAUGAUGUUUGUGCAAUUCAAUGGCAAUAUAUUUGGCAAUUGGCAAUCGAAAAACGCUGUUGAUAGUUUCAAAUGAUUAGAAAAUUUAUGGUUAUUUUAAUGGAAGAUUGCAUGUCUAAUAAAAUUUUUUU